AUGUCCAUCGAAAAUCUCAAGACGAUCGACUCCUUCGCUGAAGCCGAUGCCGCCGGAGAUCCAGGACCAGACCAAGGCUCAGGGGAGACAAAGUCGUCGUUGAACGCGAACGGUUCCUCCCCUAUCGCAACAUCUAAGCCAGCAAAGUCCGCAAAGGCUGCUCCUGGUGGAACUCAAAUUGAGAACUUGAAAGUCUUUGAUCCUUUCGCCGAAGCCGACGAAGAACCCGGAGACCAAAAGGCCGCAGAAUAUAUCCAUAUUCGUAUCCAACAGCGUAAUGGACGUAAGACUUUGACCACCGUUCAAGGACUUCCAAAGAAAUUUGACCAGAAGAAGAUUCUUAAGGUUAUCAAGAAGAAGUUCGCUUGCAAUGGCACAAUUGUCAACGAUGUCAUCAUGGGUGACGUGAUCCAGCUUCAAGGAGACCAGCGCAAAGAUGUGCAAGAUUUCCUCACUGGUAAAGAUGGCUUAGAGCUUGAUGCCAAGACCAUCAAGGUCCACGGUUUCUAA